CUGGUUGAGACUUGAAAAAUAGUCUAAAAAACAUCCUUCCUCCUUGUCCGACUCAUCGGCUUAGUCUCCCAAAGCUCUAGGAUCUGAUCAAAAGAGAAGUCUAAAGAGGCUUAACCACUUCAAAUCUGUGUGAUUGUGAUUUAAGUUGAAAAUAAUGAUAUCCCAUACGCUUCAUUGCUCGAAAAUUCAGUAUUUCCAGGGAAAGAAAGUGAAGCUGGGAGAUGAUCCAAAUAAUGAAUCAGUAGCACCUAACAUUUUGAAGGAAGCCAAUAAUGACAUAUUAUUGGAGAUAUUUCUUCGUCUUCGCAAUUGUCGAUCUGCUAUCCUAUGUGGGGUCGUCUCUCCCCGUUGGCAUUCUUUGAUAUCUCACUGUCACUUCAUUCGAAGAUUCAUUGCCCAACAUCAGGAGCUCCCGGACCGCUAUCCGUUGCCCUACACCAUCAUAUUUCAUAAAGCUGAGAAAAAUAACUCGUUAGUGCCCCCAUAUUUUAAUCCCAUUUGCAGGUUAUUAUCUAAAGAGUCAAAUUUUCUCCAUCACCAUGAAGAGGCGGCUGCAACAUGCAGUAGUAGUAGUUCCUAUUUGGACUUCUUGCCUUCACCAGUGACAAUAAGAGCAUCAUGUAAUGACUUGUUGCUUGUGUCCCCUGGUCCACGUUGUUCGGAUGUUCUCUAUGUUUGCAAUCCAACCACGAAAGAAUUUUAUCAGCUACCUAAGGACCACAAAAUAUUUGAUCAUUCCAAUGUUGGGCAUGCACUAGUAAUUGGUAAUAGCGAAAAACAAUCUAACCACCACUUCAAGGUAGUAAUAUUCCGUCAUCCCCACCCUUAUUCAGAACACCCUGAUACCCUCCAGACUAUGGCAGUAUUUUGUUCAAAGUCUGGAAAGUGGAAGAAGAGAAACACUUUGUAUCCUACACCAAUGGUGCCAUGUUUCUGCUCUGCUCUAGAUGUGGUGACAUGCAAUGAAAUUUUAUUUUGGCUGGAGUGCACACAGGAUGUGAACAGAGUUAUUUCAUCAGAUUUGCGGGAAAGACGAUGUGGUGUCAUCGACUUCCCUAACGAUUUUUGGUGGUUUAGAUUGCAGCAAAAUUCAUCUGUCCGUCGUGUCAAACAACAAAUUGGAGCAGUGGAUGGAGAGUUGAGGUUAUUACAAGUUGUGCUGUUGACAUGCACAAACAAGAAAAAAGUGACUGUUAAUUUGAAGGUUUGGAAAUUGAGUUCUUCAUGGGUUUUGGUUCACGAUAAGAGGUACCCGAAAAGGCCGAACCAUGAGAAGCUGUUAGUUGCGCCUCCAUUUCUUCAUCCAACCAAUGGCGAUGUGGUUUUUGUGGUAUGGGGUAAAAGUAUUUUUCAGUAUAGUCUUAUGGAGGAUGUGUGUGAAUUGAUUCAUGAGCUUCAAGAGCCCGUAAACUUAAAAACAACAAGGGUGAUAUCAUUUCCUCUUGUCCAUCCAAUUUGGCCAACAAAGCUUCCUUCUAUGAUGUCUUUCUCAUAUUAGUAUUGCUUGAGUUUCAACCAUCAUAUUUAUCAUUGUUAGUACUUAGUAUGGAUAGAAACCUGAUUCUUCCGUUACUGCAGGAUGGAUAAUGCUUAACAAUGAAACUAAUUUUUAAAGGUGAUUUUGUGCUCAUUCAAAUUAUUGCAUUUUUCUUACCC